AUGGACGAUCCUUCUGUUCGCGCACAGCAAACAACAACUUUUGUUCCUGAGGAGCUGGGUGCACUCGAAACACUGACUCAGAAGCGCUCACCCUUCAUACCCCUCCUCCUUGGUUCGAGCAAGAACCAGCAGGACGAAUCUGGAUUUGAUCCCGGUGGUUUUGUGGUAACCUUUGCUUGGCAAAUCUUAUUGGCGACUGCCUCGGUGAUGAAAAUGGUGCAACCAAUAGGGUAUUCUGAAGGCACCUGGGGGUCAUGA